AUGGAUUCUCAUCUUGUGACCCUACAUUACGACUCGAAAAAAUGGGAGUCUGCUCAACUGCGCAGCGAGUCCAGUACGCCGUCGCUGCCUAAUGGGGCAUUCUACGACCAAAACAAUACAGCAAAUAACGAAUCAGAUUUUUCCAGAAAAAGCUCACCACCUUUUCGGAUGCAAAACGAUGGAAAUGGCUACAAAAUGGCUGAAAACGAGCAUAGUGUCCAUAAUAAGCCACACGACAACCUCUAUAGUGGUAUGGGGACUUUUCUGACAACCAACACCAUAUAUCUGCCGCAGAAAGUACAGCCCUCGAUGACCCAUUUGAUGGACAAACUGACCCACUUUACUCCACCCAUUCUGUACCAGGCUCUUUCUCGCCCAAACCAGACCGUACAAUCUGCCUUAACAGCUAUGCAAAACUACAACAUAGCCAAUGAAAAUGCAGAACAAGAAUGGUUACGAGCUACGACUACCGUGGCAGAAAGAUUGCACCAUCUUAGGGAAACAUACCGCACGAUCCAAUCUGUUAAACGAAAAAAGUCGCAGGGCCGCUCGGCACUACUCAAUUCGACCCCGGCACCCCUGGAAGACGAAGCUAGCCAGGGACCUGACGAUAGCAGCCUGCUGUAG